AUGCUUGAGCUAAUUACAACACUGACUCUAUCUGCAAUUUUCUUCUUCUUGUUCAACAAAUGGAAAAUUUCCCGAAAUAGCAACUCAACGAAGAAACCGCCACCCGGCCCGAGAAAACUUCCUAUAAUCGGAAAUCUCCACCAAAUCAGCAAUCCUCCCUUCCGCUGCUUCAGAGCUCUAUCCAACCAGCACGGCCCCUUAAUGCAGCUCAAGCUCGGCGAGACGACCGCUGUCGUCGUCUCGUCGCCUGAUCUGGCGAAGCGAAUGCUGAAAGAUCUCGACCCUAGCUUCGCAGACCGGCCUCAGAGCGCUGCCGCUGACAUCAUUCUCUACCGCUCCAGCGACGUCGUUUUCAGCCAAUACGGCGACUACUGGCGCCAGAUGCGGAAGCUCUGCGUCGACGAACUCCUCAAUGCGAAAACGGUGCGACUCUUCCGGUCCAUCCGACGUGACGAGACGUCGCGGCUGAUGGAUUCCCUGCGGGAAUCUUCUGGAAGGGUCGUGAAUCUGACGGAGAAGAUCUUCUCCCACUCGAGCUCCGUCACGUGCCGGGCCGCCUGCGGCGGCGUGGUGGAGGAUGGUGAGACGCUGAUGAAGUUGAUGGCGGAUUCGACGCGGAUGGUUUCAGGGUUUGAGGUCGCGGAUCUGUUCCCGUCGCUUUCGAGGAUUUUGGGCGCGCUGAGCUGGACGAGGCGGCGGCUCGAGGCGAUGCGGAGGGAGCUUGAUGUGAUUCUGGAUGAUGUGAUCGAACGGCAUAGGAGGAAUCGGGUGGAGAAUGGAUCGGGGAAGAAUUCGGAGUUUGGGAGUGAGGAUUUGGUUGAUGUGUUUCUUAGGGUUCAGGAGGAAGGCCAGUUGCGGAUUCCGAUCGAUAAUGACAACAUCAAGGCUGUCUUGUUUGAUAUUUUCACAGCGGGAACUGAAACUUCGUCGUCGACUAUUGACUGGGCGAUGGUGGAACUGUUGAGGCACCCUCGAGUGAUGGCCAAGGCACAAGCUGAAUUAAGACAAGCCUUGAAAGGAAAUAGUACUCAACAAGACGACAUUGUUCCUAAUCUGAAAUAUCUAAAACUAGUGAUCAAAGAGACUAUGAGGCUACACCCUCCGGCUCCGAUUGUGCUUAGAGCUUGCAAGGAGGAACAAGUGAUCAAUGGGUACACCAUACCUGCGGGAGAAAAGGUGCUGGUGAAUAUUUGGGCGAUGCAUAGGAACCCGAGGUAUUGGGAUGAUCCGGAGAUGUUUAAGCCCGAGAGAUUCGAGAAUCAAUCUUUGGAUUUUGUAGGUGGUGAUUAUCAUUUUCUACCGUUUGGAGCUGGCAAAAGAAUGUGCCCUGGGAUAACAUUUGGUUUGGCUACCAUCGAGUUUGCUUUGUCUCAAUUGCUCUACAACUUCGAUUGGAAACUUCCAGAAGGUUUGAGGGGUGAGGAUUUGGACAUGACUGAAAAUGUUGGGCUAACCGUAGUGAGGAAACAAAAUUUAUUUGUAGUCGCCACUCCAUAUAAUUAGCUCAUAUAAUGUCAAUGUUAUUAUUGGGGGAUAACUUUUAGAUCCACUAUGUCUUGUAUUGUUAAUGUAAAGUCAUCCAUUUCCUGCUGUGCAUUUUCAUG